UUUCCCUACCCGUAUUCCGACAAGACCCGUCCCUCGCCGCUCUGGGAUUGGCUGACAGUUCGUAUUUAUAGCAGUGAGUGUGAAGCAGCCAAUCUCAGCGCACGAGGCCGCGUCGGCGAGGAUAAGCCAGUGACGAAUCGUAGCGCGAGCGGGGCGUGGCUUGUCUGAAUGCGGGCGAGGAAAAAAAACAGAACCCGUCUCGUCACCCUCGAGCCUGGCUUGGCUCCGCCCGCCUUGCCGACCGUGUGUAUAUGAGCGGGGGGCUGAGGGACGCUGGGAGCAGUGCGUGUGUUUUUUGGUGCGUUUUUCCGCCGCGGACGUUGGGAGCGUUUCGGACAUCAGCAGCGCGUUCGCUGGAUUACGGCUUGUCAGUCGCUUGGAGUUGUUUUAUCUGACUUCUGAGCGAAGGAGGAGGGAAAAGCGGCGAAGUUUUGCGCCAGUUUUGAGAUUUAUUGCGCGUUUUGACCUCAUUCAACUCUUCACGGCUCCCGCAGCUCGUGUUAAAGCGGUUUUCCCCCCGCAGCUCGUCUCGAUGCGAGGCUGUCUGUUCCCGAAGUGAUCCGAGGAAAAGCUGAAAGUUCGGGUGGUGUUUUUUUUUUUUUUAUUUUGCGGAGAUGGAGUUCUCUGUCUGAGCCCCUCUCGCCUCGCGCGCCUCUGAGUGUCCUCCGCCCGCUCGUCUCCCGGUUCGCAGGGGGGGGGAAUGGUCGACCGCAUGAUGGCAAUGAACCAUGGCCGAUUCCCCGAAGCUGUGAACGGUCUCCACCACCACCAUCACCACCAGCAGCAGCAGCAGCAGCAGCAGCAGCGCAGGAUGGGAAUGGGACAGUUCUCCAGCCCCCUGCAGCAGCAGCAGCAGCAGCAGCAGCAGCACGGCUACAGUAACGGCUUGCUGGAGCCCAUGCACUACGGCAGCGGCGGCGGAAGCCACGGGCUUCGGCAUCCGAGCGGCAGCGUGGCGGCGCCCGCGCGCUUCGCCUCGCAGUUCGUGGCCACCGGCGGUCAGGGGCAGCUGGCGGCGAGCAUGCAGCUGCAGAAGCUCAACACGCAGUACUACAGCCAGCAGCACCACCACCACCCGCACCAGCAGCAGCAGCACCAACAGCAGCAGCAGCAGCAGCACCAACAGCACCUCCUCCACUACCCGCACGAGCUGCAGGGCGGGUUCCGGGACGCGGGGGCCAGGCUCGGGGCGGCCGGCAGAGAGCCUCAGCAGCUGCCCGCCGCCCACAGCGUCAUCGACACGGACCUGAUCGACGAGGAGGUGCUGAUGGCGCUGGUGGUGGAGAUGGGUCUGGACAGGAUAAAGGAGCUGCCCGAGCUCUGGCUGGGCCAGAACGAGUUCGACUUCAUGACGGACUUCGUGUGCAAACAGCAGCCCAGCCGAGUGAGCUGCUAAUGUCUCCGUGGAAAAGGGGGGGACUUUUAUACUACGCUGUUUUUUUUUUCUCCUUUAAAGAAAAAAACACAUCCCUGGCUUUCUCCUGAUAUUCUAGAAACUAGCGGUUUAUUUUAUUUUAUUCUUCACUUCUUUUAAGGAUCUGA